CCUUCCCUCCCUCGGCCUCCCUGCCUCCGCCCUCCGCCCUCCCACCCCCACUUCCCUCUAAAGCCGCUCGCCCGCCCACCGGCUCUCCGCUAUGUGCUUUUGCAGCGUGGCUUACGACAGGGAACGCAAACGAAAGCAAAGCACAGCAAGGGGCUGAGCGAGAUGAGAAGGGUAGUAGUUGUCGUCCAAGACGAAGCAGAAGUAGCAGCAGCUAUGGUAGCAGUCAUCCCUGGUAUGGAUUCUUUGUUGUCGUCGUUGUCGUCAUCAUCAAAUAUACAUAUCUCAUGGACAAAUGCUCCUGCUGCUGCUGCCUACACCUCGCGGUGGAUGAACAACUGUCUUUCAAGUUGAUUCCAGCAGAGCUGAAUAAUUAGGAAGCAAGCAGCUAUCGAUUGCCGUCUUUGAAGAAAAAUAGAUUUGAAACUAGCGGGUGAAGUUUAAGAAUCCAGGAACGUAGAAACCGGGUUAGCGGCUGUGAAGGGAUGUAUCUUCAAUUGACUAGCCGAUUCAAGCAUGCGAGAGCUAUCUAGUAAAUCGUGGAGUGGCUGUUAACAAUGGCAUGCUUUUUUUCGAGGCCAUGCACCGACCUACUUGCACCGGAAGAGUUGUUUUUCUGGGGAAGCUCAACGCAGCAAUCCUGAGCUUGCUUUUAGUAUAUGGAUUGGGGACUGAUCCACGCGUAUGCGUACCUGGCUGGUUUCUGUGGAACACUACAAGAUCUAUUUAUCUGAAGCAUUUGAGAAGGGCUGCUUCAGCUGAUGUAAAAGCUGGAUUGCGGACUUAGAAAAAGUAAGGCGGGGCUGUUGGAGCGCACUUCUGUUGAAGAAAAUGGCCUGAGUAGACGGGACAUAUGAUUUAUUGUAUAAAUUAUGAACUUCCUUUUGAACUGCACGAUUCUCUGGUGCAUGGCAGUUUCGAAAUGUGGGUUCCUUAUUUGGACAAAGACGUCGUAAUCCAUCUUCGUUUUGGCUCUGCUCUAAUCCUCAUUCAUUUUUUUAAAAAAGAUGAUUAGAAGAUAACAUGUGAGCUCUUCGAUGACUGUCUCUUAAUUACAGUAUGUGGUGGAGGUAAAGGUUUGAAAAUCUUCCUCUCAGCGGAGCCACAUCCAACCAGUAACCAUUGCGGCCUUAAAGAUGCCCUGGUUUUCCAGGUCCAAGGAUAAGAAGAAACCUACGACUGGAGGUGGAUUAUUUGAUGGGCGGAGGCAUAGACGGUCACGUGCGGGGGAUGAAGAUGGAAGUAGCAAGAACAACUCCCGCCACAGUUUAGAUUUGGUUUCGGAGGCAGGUUCUGGCUCUGGUAAAUGCUCUCGAUCACCGUCACCUUCAUCCCCUAGCAACAGCAGAGGAAGGCAUUCUCAUGGGCAGCCGCUACCGUUACCAUGUGCACCUCCCAUGAAACCCGUAGAGCGGACGUACUCAGGGAAUCAGUUGCCCAGUGCUCAAACAACUUCGUUGCAUCAUGCGCCGUCUUUGCCCUUGCCUUCACCAACCCAGGUCGUCCGGCCAAUGGAGUCCCCCGCUGAAGCGGACUAUAUAUCAGGGUCUUCAAGUGUAAGCUCGCUUGGGAGUGUUGAAGUUGCGGAUGUUCGACAUGGUCGACCAAUGCCGACUAACUCAAAUCUUCGACCAAUGCAGCAGGAGAGUGAACCCCUCGAUCAGCUGCGGCCUGUGUUUCAAAUGAGUCAAGGCUCAGCAACGCCGCGGGGGAGAUUGGUUAGGAACGAACCAGCUCGGAUUGAGACACCCCGCUCUACGAGUCCCCUCCCUGGCAGUCACCAACCUGUUACCUCUCCCACGUCACGGGCCUGGUCUCCAAUAUGGCAGGGAGAAGGAUUGUACCCCCCUGCUGCUCUGAAGAUCCCUCAACCUGACAGCUCAAUGUCAAGCCCUGCUCCCAGCCCCCGCAGUUUCUUGCCACAGCAACGUAGCGUGGAGCCUUUAGUAUCCGGGUCGGCUAGUCCUCGCUCUGGGAACACUUCUACGUACAAUUCUUGGCAAGGAGAUGCAGUCCCCCCGUGGCCGCCUUCUCAAUUUGAAGAGAGGUCUCCUAGUCCUAGUCCACGAUUGAGAAGUCCUGGUCCUAGCCGUACUCCUAGUGCAACUGUUUCUCCUUUGCAUCCACGGGCUGGAAUUCGGGCUGGCGGCGGGCCUGAUUCGCCUACAACUUGGCACGAAGAAGUCCAGGGUCGGUGCCCGUACGCACCACAGCCAUUGCCGUUGCCUCCCUGGCCCACGGGCAAUAACAGCCCUUACACUUCUCCGCCUGUUACCUCAGGGCCUAGCACACCGACCAUGCACUCUCGUCAUCCAUCCAGGACUAACGAACCCUCUAGGAGUGCAGAUUCAUCUGUACCUGGAGUUCCAACCAAAUGGCAGAAGGGGAGGCUUCUAGGGAGUGGAACCUUUGGAAAUGUUUAUGUGGGUUUCAACAAUGAUAAUGGGGGCUUUUGUGCUAUGAAAGAGGUUCUCUUGGUUUCUGAUGAUCAAAAGUCGAAGGAAAGUGUCAAGCAGUUAGGCCAGGAAAUAAGUUUGUUGAGUAAGUUGAGGCACGAGAACAUUGUACAGUAUAUUGGCACAGAAACGUUGGAGGACAGGUUGUAUAUAUAUUUAGAGUUUGUCUCAGGUGGAUCAAUCCAUAAACUACUCCAAGAGUAUGGCGCUUUUAAAGAACCGGUUGUACGCAAUUACACUCGUCAGAUCCUCUCUGGUCUAGCUUAUUUGCACAACCAAAAUACAGUUCAUAGGGAUAUUAAGGGCGCCAACAUUCUUGUAGACACCAAUGGGAUGGUGAAACUUGCCGACUUUGGCAUGGCGAAGCAUAUUUCUGCUCAAUCUUUUCUCAAGUCCUUUAAGGGAAGCCCGUAUUGGAUGGCUCCUGAGGUGCUCAAGCACACGGGAGGUUACGAUUUAGCUGUGGAUAUUUGGAGUCUUGGUUGCACUGUACUUGAGAUGGUGACUACUAAACCUCCAUGGCACCAAUAUGAAGGGGUUGCAGCAAUGUUCAAAAUUGGGAACAGCAAAGAAUUACCUGCUAUUCCAGAUUCAUUGUCCAGAGAGGGGAGGGACUUUGUAAGGCUAUGUUUGCAACGAGAUCCUGCCCAUCGGCCAACAGCUGCCCAACUGCUAGAACAUCCUUUUGUUCAGGAUGCCCCACGCGUCUGCAGACCAGAUGAUACCCUUGCUGGAGCUGAUUUUGUUCCGAAUACCGUUACUACGAAUAGGGCUGCGAAUGCGACAUCGAAUAUGGGACGAGGAAAUGCUUCUCCCAUGCACGAGACUGAUGCGAGCUAUUCUCCCCAACCCAGAAAAAGAGUUUCAACCAGUGAACUUUCACCGCGAGGACAUGGUUCAGCCGCACUUCCAGCCGUCAACACAAAGGUUUCAGGAACACGAAUAGGGCAUCAGGGCCAUAGCGGGAUGUCAACCCCUAUGAUAAGCUCUGGAUCGUCGACCCCGCCAGGUGGAGGCUAUGGCACCUCACCUCUACUCCCUAAUCAGGUGUAUGGCGCACUGUCUACGUAUCCUAACGAGGGAUAUGGGGGAAAUACCUCAAGAACACAAAGUGGGCGUUAUGCAGGUACCUCCUUGAUGAAUGGAGGUGGGGGAUACCCUGAACCUCGAAAAGACUAUCAUCGAAAUACGCCUCCUCAGCAACGUACACCAGAAGGUAGCCCAAGGAGACGUUUAAACCACAAUUCUAAUGUAGAUAAUAAUAUACUAGAGAGUAACAUAUUCGCAAUCGGUAGAAUGACAGUAUCUGAAGAUGAAACGCAACACCGCGGGAACGGCACUUUUGGUGAGCAUUUAUCUCCACAUUUUCACCACAGGGCAGGGUCUAGUCAGCAGAGUCCGCCUUUGCUUAGUCGAACCAACAGUCACGAAUUUAAUCGCCCUCGGCAACCUUGAGUUGAAGUGAUAGAAAAAGGGGCUGGAGUUUGAUUUAAUUGCAAUCCGCAUUUGUAGAACUUAUGAUAUAUUUAUGGAUGGUCGAAGUUUGACAUGUAAGAAUGGGAGCUAGAGUAGAUCCUCGUUUCUCAAAUUUUUGCACUGUUUGAAUCUGCUUCUGUUGAACGUUUGACGACUUUGGAUAGGUCAUCAACGAUUCUUGAUCACGGAACUGUAUGCUAUUCAUUCCAUUGUAGAUUAUAAUACACUAGGAUAUAUCUUUCGUAAGAGUGUAGAGUGGGUAAUCCAGCAUCGUGGAAGGUUCUGCCACUUACUGCUUGGAACUCACCAAAUAAUCGAAGAGCCAUCACUUCUGUACUGCAAAUUUUAACGUAAAGAAUAUGGAUUGCCAAAGAUGUUUACGAACA